AUCCUCUCCACAGUCCAUAGCAAUCCAGAAUUCAAAAACUACUCCAUUGCUCUAUCUAAAUUAGUGAAGUUAUCAAAAUGCCUUCGAUCCCUGAAGAGCCACUUCUCGCCUCGAACCCUGACCGGUUCUGUAUGUUUCCGAUACAGUACCCACAAAUCUGGGAGAUGUACAAGAAAGCUGAGGCGUCGUUUUGGACCGCCGAGGAGGUCGAUUUGUCUCCGGAUCUCCGUCACUGGGAAACCCUAACCCCCGAUGAGAAGCACUUCAUUACGCACGUUCUGGCUUUCUUCGCUGCCUCCGAUGGCAUCGUUCUCGAAAACCUCGCUGGGCGGUUCAUGAAGGAGGUCCAAGUCGCUGAGGCGCGCGCCUUCUACGGCUUCCAAAUCGCGAUUGAGAAUAUCCACUCGGAAAUGUACUCGCUUCUUCUCGAAACUUAUAUUAAAGAUUCUGCAGAAAAGACUCGUUUGUUUCACGCGAUUGAAACGGUGCCGUGUGUGGCUAGAAAGGCAAACUGGGCGUUAAAUUGGAUCGACGGUUCGGAGACUUUCGCCGAGAGAUUAGUUGCGUUUGCUUGCGUGGAAGGGAUUUUUUUCUCGGGGAGUUUUUGCUCUAUCUUUUGGCUUAAAAAACGCGGGUUAAUGCCGGGAUUAACUUUCUCUAACGAGUUGAUCUCGCGUGACGAGGGACUGCACUGUGACUUCGCGUGCUUGUUGUACAGUCUGUUGAGGACGAAGUUAAGUGAGGAGCGCGUGAAGGGGAUUGUGAAGGAGGCGGUGGAUAUAGAAAGGGAGUUUGUGUGCGACGCGCUGCCGUGCGCGCUGGUCGGAAUGAACGGGGAGUUAAUGAGUCAAUACAUUGAGUUCGUUGCAGAUCGGCUGUUGGGUGCGCUCGGGUACGGGAAGGUCUACGGUGUGACAAAUCCUUUUGAUUGGAUGGAGCUGAUUUCGCUUCAAGGAAAGACUAAUUUCUUUGAGAAGAGAGUUGGGGAGUAUCAGAAGGCUUCAAUUAUGUCAAGUAUUAACGCCAAUGGAACCACCCACGUAUUCAAAAUGGAUGAAGACUUUUAGAGUAAUAAUAUUUCUGUAGUAUUAAUAUGUUGGUGGUGGUUUUCAUUUGUUCGUUUAUUUAGUUCCUCUGUUCAGGAAAUGAUAGAAAAAAAAAAGAUUUAAUAUAUUUAUGAAUGUUACUCCUUAGGUUACUGCUAAUUGAAUUUGAAUAUCCUUUACUUCUAAUAUAUGUUGAUAAUUGCUUUGUAUUUCACUUGAUAUUUGAUCAAAUUGAGGGUGUAUUCUUGUUGAAUUUCAAAAUAUGUGUAUCUUCUUUAGAAAGGAAAUUAAGUUUCAGGUUAUUGGUAA